CAUUACUAAUUACUAUAUAAAGCAUUUAUUCUAUGAUUAUAACACAACUAAUAUUCCCACCUCAGCAAAGAAUGACACAAUGAUGAGGUUUAAUGGGUUUAGACGAAUUACGAGUCAGAUAUUCGCUAGUCUUAGAGCUCAAUCGCUUUACUAAUGUUCACCUCUUUGAGAAGGGAUUCUAUCAGGUGAGAGCGACAGUAUUAGGACCUCCCAAUGCAGCAGUGAUAUGCGAGUCACUGCAGUUAGAUGAACAGGACUGUACUGCACAGGAGCUCAGCCCGGGGAUACAGGACAACACUGCGAUUUCGAGCACGUUUAAGGUUAUCAUGAAGAAAGCUGUUAUCAAGCUGAGGAACGCGUUUAUUUUCAGUGUGGAUAUCCCUGGAGAUGUGUGUAACUUUAUACGGUCCUGUACAGUUCCCAUCACUAUACAGUUCCAACUGUAUCACGCUAAGCUGAUAAGUCGUCCCAAGAACCCGGACUCUCUGGAACACUGUACUACACUUCUUGUAAACCUCAACUAUAGCCCUGUUUAUGGGCUCCACUAUUGUAAAGAGGACAUGUUUGAGUACAUGUACAUGGCACAAAUCCGGUACACCGUUCACAUGGUGAUGGUAGACAUAGACAACCCCCCACACACUUUACUGUCACAGUGUUGGGACAGCAAUCUACCAGUGUUGAGUGUGCUGGUGGACGUGGGCAUACAUGAUUAUAAGGAUAUGAUCCUGAAUGUAGCUACUGUACUGUGUGGGACCCUGCUGUCCGCUUAUGACUUUCUCAAGUCUACAUUCUCCAACUUACAGGACACGUUGCCGUCCGAGUACCGCCACGAACUAAAGCCAGCAGAUGCAGUGGAUGCACUGCAAACAAUCCUUACCAGUCUCUCUGAGAUUGAGAGCAUUGAUGAUGCACAGGAUCAACUGAUACACGAUUUGAAGAGUAUAAGCCGCAGUAUCCACAUCCUCUGGUUCGAGUUUCUCGAGUGUUUCAUACACAGCAAACACAUUCAGCAGGUGCUUCUAGAAAGAUUCAGAGCAGUGCAGCUGGAGCGACAAAAAGAGGCCUGUUUUACGCAGUCACAUCCGAAAGAGAAAUCUGGUGAUUACAAGAGCUCCACGCUAAGUAGUAGUGUUGGUAACUUUAUCAGAGGUUCCAGAUACAUGACCACUAUUCCUCCUCUUCCUCUUCAAGCAGAUGAUAACGAUGGUGGAGCUACUUCCAUACCCAUAAUUAUUGAGGAUCUCUAUAACUGGGAACCGUACACUGAUAAUCCCAACAUCAGUGUGCCUAAAGAUAUUCUUGAUAAAGCGAUGCGAGAAAAGAAAGUAUGGGACCCAAUUAUGCGACGACCGCACAUAGUCGUUCAGUUGGACGAUAACAUUAUUAAGGCGUGGCGGGACAGUCAGUUAUCAGAAGCACUGUCAGAUUCGCUGGAAGAUGAAAUAGAGCUGACUCGAGCAAGAUCUGCUGUCGUUAUGAAUGGAGACCGACCCACUAGAACUUCGGGCUCAGGUUCUAACUCCACAUUCUACACGACAACAGAGGAAACGCACAACCUCCUAUUAGUAGAUCUGGAACCCUCCGCACGCAACCCAAACCUCCCCAUUCAGCCCACCAUCACCAUCCAACCCACUUCCUCCACAGAUCGACCCACCAGGCCUCGUCCACCUAACUUCACCGAAGUAUCCCUCAUCCCUGAGAAUCACAAGACAAUAAACGAUCUGGCGAGAAAAACCAUACGUUUGUUAAAGUCGGAGGUAACGCAUGUGAACUUUGAACAAGCGAGGAGGGAUCUCAUCGGGUCUAGUUUAAUGGAGUCAAUGUAUUUCCUGACUGAUACUGAAGGCUCGAGAAUGAUGGCGACAACAUACUCCCCUUCGCCUCACCUGGUGGUGUGCGCGCACGGACUGGAAGGAGCAUCUAACGACCUCAGACAAGUCCGCAUAUUCCUUCAAGCGGCCCUUCCCAAGAGCGACCUGCACUUCUUAAUGUCGGACGCAUACAUGGAGGACACGUAUCAGGAUAUAAAGGAAAUGGGAAGACUAUUAGCGGACGAUAUCGUCCAGACGAUAAUCUGCUCCCCAAAACCGUACGAAAGAAUCAGUUUUAUCGGCCACAGUCUGGGCACACUGGUGGUGAGGGCUGCGUUACAAGAUCCUCUUUUGGAGAGAUACACCUCCAAAUUCCACACAUUCCUCAGCUUGUCAGGUCCUCAUCUAGGAAUGAUGUACUCGCCCAGCUACCUGGUUAAUGGAGGACUGUGGCUAAUGCAGCGACUCAAAGCUGGAAAAUCCCUUCAGCAGAUCGCAAUGAAAGACAGUAGCGAUAUAAAGCAAACGUACGUGUACAAGCUGAGUUGUAAUGAUAAACUCCACCACUUCACCAACAUCGUCCUCGUUUCUUCUCAGCAGGACAGAUACGUGCCAUUCCACUCGGCUCGAAUAGAGAUCUGUAACGACGCGAAGAGAGACUACAGCUACAAUGGUCACGUCUACAGAGAGAUGGUCCACAACAUCGUACAACCCAUGAUAGACAACCCUAAUUGUAGUAUAUCAAGGUACAGUAUUCAGUACGCCCUGGAACAGGGCUCCGCUAACUCCAUGAUUGGUCGAGCUGCCCACAUAGCUUGUCUAGACUCGGAGGUUUUUCUCAACAAGUUCUUCUCGGUCAUGGGAUGGAAAUUCUUCGUGUGAUCACGUGACUAUGUGAAGUUUUAUCGUUUACAUGAUUUUGUCGUGAUAUCAUGUGAUUAUGAGUCUUUUUUGACCGUUUGAGAUUUAUUAGAUCUUAGAUUUGUAGGUACGCCAUGAAUAUUGAAGUCAUAAGGGGCCAUCUACUUAGAACGUCCGGCAAAUUGGGAGGAGGGUGGUUUUGGAAUUUCGGACAAAUCCGGACAGGGGGAGGGGGGCUGGUUUCUGAAAAUUUUGGCAGAAUUAACGAAAAAGUGAUUGGCGAUUUUGGCGGUCGUCCUAAUAUAAGUAGAUGGCUCCUAAGCUUUUGAUAGAUGUCAUAGUCAUACCAAAAAGCCAAAGAGCGUUCUUAGACUCAUAUAGUUGCCAAUUUUGUUGAUGUAGUACUUGAUUAAGUGCCGAUUAAGAUUUAAGUUCGUUUAUAAACCGUCUCUUGAUAUAAUAUGCUAUGAUUGCAAGAACACCUUUCAGUGUCUUAUAAUGGAAUACAUGUGUCAAGAAAAUUAAGUUAAAAAAAAUGUGAUUUAUAAGUUUGUCAGAAUAUGUAGGAAUUAGGAAUGGAUUAACUAUUGAAUUUGACAUUAUUUUCUUUUCGGUUUUGAAUUUUUCCAAGAAUAAACACAAUUAAAUGGAGUCAAGUUUAUGUUCUUGACGCGUUACGCAAUCAAUUUCCUGCACUUUUAUGGACCCCACCAUUGCCUAUUGUAACGUGUUAAAGGAUCUUAAAGAAUACAGAAAUUUCGAGCAGAAACAUUAGUUAUCUGUGAAACUGAUAAUGUCGGGGGAAUUGUGUGAACAAAUGUGAUAGCAAUAGAUAACUUACUAUUGUGGUUGUGUUAUUUUAGGGUCAAUAGUUGUAUCCGCUUUUCAAUUAUUUAGACGUUUGUUUUAGAAACAAGAUGAUCACAUUUAGUUAUUUUAAAGUUUUAAUAAAAGAUUCGUUUCUUGUUAAGUUAUUCUGAUUCAAUCUUUUGAUUUUUAGUUGCUUUGUGUGAAUGGCGGAUUGUAUCCUCUUUUCGAGUUUCAGCUAA